AUGCUACGUAGAACUUUAUGCAUGAAGAUGCGGAGAAGAAAACUGUUUGUUGGUUGCGUGUGUUGCCUUGUGUUGGCUGGAUGGCUGCUUGUAGAACACCAAAUUAAGCUCGCUAAAACAUGCACAUCGCCUUCCUGUGUGACCACGAGGCCUUCACGGAUGCGACAGGAGUACGAGGAACUAGAAAAUUAUAAGCCGAAAAGAAUGGACAAUGUUCUACUCAUUCCAAAUCCUGUGAAAGGUUUGCGUCAUAUCUCAAAUGCCAGCAUCUGCACACUACCAAACGUUGAUCCCUUUGAUAUCUCAGUAAGCCAUUUAAUUACAGACUUGGGGUUUGAUCCAAAGUGCAAGGGGCCGCUUGUCCAUUUUGCCGUCAACAGCCAUGGCAACCUUGCACUGAAGAAGAAGGAAUAUCGCAGUCAAAUCAAUAUGAAGUCUGUGAGCCUCCAGUAUAUCAGCCGUCCGCCGGAAGAUGACAGCACAUUUGAUGUCAGUGAUGGAAUAAGCCCUUUUGUAAAAAAUGGUGAUAGAAAUUUAAGGAAAAUUAAUCAAGAUUUUCUUCAAGUAGAUUACCAGGUUAAAAAACCUAAAGCACACAAGCAGACACAGUUCAUUGCUAAAGUUUCUCCUAAGCAGGAUUUGGUAAAGAAACUCAAGCAAGUUGAGAUGUCUGAUCCGGCUGGUAUGCCCUUAAAUGUGCUCAUGUUCGGCUUUGAUUCAUCAUCUAGAGCCACCUUCCAGCGUAAGCUACCUCGUACUGUUAAUUACCUAGAGAAAGAACUUGGGGCACAUAUUUUCAAGGGUUACUCGAUUGUAGGAGAUGGUACAACGCCAAUACUCUCAGCACUUCUCACAGGAAAAUUUGUCAAGGAAUUGCAACACAAAGCUAAGGAGAAAAAGAGAGAUAUUGAGAAUCUUGAUGAGUGGCCAUGGAUAAUGAAGGAGUACGGCAAGCAUGGUUAUGUUUCUCUUUAUGCGGAGGAUGAUCAGAAGAUUGCCACAUUUAAUAUUAGAAUGAAGGGUUUCACAACGCCUCCGUGUGACCACUACAUGCGACCAUUCUGGUUAGCAUUGGAGGAACAUUCACUGCGCAAACUCAAAAGAGCCAAGAAAUUUCCAGAAAAUAAUCUAGAAUGCAUGGGUUCGGAGGCGCUACAUAAUAUUACGCUGGACUACCUCUACAGCUUGUACGAGGCCUACCCCAACACCCCCAAGUUUGGCUUUGCAUUUAUGUCGUACCUAUCACAUGGUAUCCCUGAGAAGCUUAGUUAUGCGGAUAAUGAUCUUGUUGGGUACCUUGAGAGAUACAAGAAGCUGAGGAACAACACGAUUCUUAUCAUACUGAGUGAUCAUGGAGCUCGAAUAGGUCCUCUGCGGAACUCCAUGCAAGGAAGUCUGGAGGAGCGACUCCCCAUGUUGUCAAUCGUCCUCCCAGAGUGGUUUGAGAGCAAAUAUCCUGAACUAGUUGCUAACAUGCAACACAACACAGAGGUGGUAACAAGUCCAUUUGAUGUGCAUGCCACAUUACAACACCUUCUCUCCUUCCCUAAGGAGUACCCUGGACAAAAGACGCAGAGUCUACUCACAAGGAUAGAAAAAUCUCGCACGUGCUGGGAAGCAGGCAUUGAUUACCAUUGGUGUCCAUGCCUGAAAUGGAAGCAAGUGAGUGUCAACACUCCAGGGAUACACCAAUCAGCAGAAGCAGUGGUGCAGAAAAUUAAUGACGUCAUAUCCAAGAGCGAGUACUCCCGCCAGAGAUGUGCACCACUUGAGUUAACAGGAGUUGUCUACGCUGCUGAACUAUUAUCUGCCAACACAGGCUCUGAAUACGUCUUGAGUCCAAUCAAGAAUGGUAGAAUGAGACGGCAUAAAGUUCCUAGUGGUAGAAGGUAUCAGAUAGUUCUUGAGACUUCACCUCUAAAAGGAAUGUUCGAGGCCACAGUAACGAUACGCAAGAAAGGGCGCAUUGUUGUUAACCCACACAUCAGCAGAACAAGUGUAUAUGGGGAUUCUCCCAGAUGUGUUGUUGAUCGGCACCCAGAGUUGCGGAAAUACUGCGUCUGCUAUGAAAAGUUAAAUAAAGAGAUAGAGAGGUGACACAGGCCCAUAUUCGGUUAGAAAAUGUUUAGAUGUAAUCUCUGAUACAAUAAUGAUUGAUAUUCUCAAUACAAAUGAAUAAUAACUACAAUAGCUCCGUCAAACACUGAAGAACUUUUUAACAACUCGCACAAAAAUGUUACUUAAUAUAUAAACAUACCCUACUGUAGUAGCUUCAUGCUUGCUGCAUAUGAGACUUUGUUUCUUGAUUAUUAUUUAGUUUGGAAUCUUUAUCAUGAUUACAGCCAUUUUGGGGGGAGGGGGAGGUUAUUUUUUAUAUGAGUUAGGCUUGGCAUGGCUUUUUUGAUCCUAUGCAAUAGUUUGAGAAUCUGUUUGUUUUGUAGCAGAUAAUACAAUAAAUAAACAAUUAAAGGCAA